GAUGCCGCGGACGACUGUUCACAGUAUUACUCCCUUCCUCGCUUCUCAUGGCGACGUCAGAUUCUCUAGAGCUUCAAGCGCUCUGACGACGACUGCAACAGUACCAGAAGCACCCUAAGCAACUGUGAGGACCAUCAAUAUGGUCUUUGCUAUCAUUUUUCCGCCGUCAUGACCGUCGCAAGCCACGUCAAGCCCUCUGACCCGCCUUUACAUGAACAGUCGACGUUCUCCGCUUCAUCAAGCAUGGCGACGACAUCCUCUCCAUCCGCAGAACAUCCACCACUACCACGGGCGACAGUUUUUACUGUCCUCGAGGUCCAUUUGCUGCUGUCGCCGCUGUCUCAGCCAAAUACCCCCCAUCGGAACGACUUUUCUACCGCAUGCAUACCUUUUAACGGACGUCGAGAAGAGAAGCCGGUCACUCUUUGCUUGCGCAUGGCGGUACGGGAUCAACGAGCGAGAUGGCAACAUCCCCACCAGGACGCGACAGGACGGUGAAUUUGGUGGGGAGGUUUGUGUGUGCGGUGGGGGUCCGGGACCACCACAUGAGGAUGUGCACAGACGUAGUGAUGGAGGAAGACGUUGCGUGUGGCAGUCCUCGGCGACUGACGGGGUGCGACAGCCAAAUUUUAUGUAUGUAAAUUCAGAAUACACGUUUUGGAAUGGUACGGCGACUGGAGUAUUGUUCGUAAAUAUCAUACAGGCAACUGAAAUUAUAUUACAAAAUGUAAGAAAGUUAGUUUCGAUUACAAUACAGAGCGAGAAUCCAGCGGAGUUAGAGACAAAGUAAUACGGCACAAAGGGAGAAAAUCGGCCUUACUUUAUUUAUCAAAUAGAUG